UCUAUUCAUAAGGUUACUUACGUACUACUAUCUAUUUCACAGGUAGACAUGACAGAUAGCUAGAUCUAGACUAUAGAUACUCAUAUCAAUCGAGCUAACAUAUUCUACCUAUCUUUGUAAUAGGUUAGCUUAUAAAACCAUAUAUCUAAGUGUAUUGUCUCUCCAUAUAUAGUAUCUUCCCCAGUACUUUUUGAUCAUGUUUUCCUUACAUUUUCUAGCUUGGUUCACCUCUAAGAGGCAUACCUUCGUUUCUUGAACAUGAUGUCCUUCCUGGUGAUUGCGGUAAUGAUCGGCUUUCUGCUUCUACGAUGUCAACAAUCGGAACAUCAUAUCAUCACGAACAGCCACAGAGGCAAUAGGAAUAUUGUAGGCUUAUCUGCGCGUUGUUUCAUGAUUUCCAUCUGCUUGCUUGCAACGCAUUUAUAUCAUGUAUGAGGGAGACGGUAUUUCAUCAUUCAACUGCAUCGUAUCUGACAAGAAGUUGGCACUAUUGGCUGAAGAGUCUAAAGACAUGGUUUCUAGUGCCCCUAGGAAGAGUAUCCAAUUGACCAACAGAGCAUACAGUGGGUUUGAUGUACUCCAAUAUAGUAUGGUCCUAAUACUAUCCAUGCUAGUACUAGGCUACAUACCUUAAUUGACUGUGCACUCGAUAAAACUAGGCAGACGUUGAAUCUGCAGGUGCCAGGAAAGUAUUACUGCGCCUUGCGGGUCACUUGGCCAUCUAAAUAUAUCUCUGGCAAGAUGCUUCUGCAAGAUAGGGCUGAUCAUAAGCUUUGAAUUGCAUAGCCUGGAGAGACCCACCAUCAUAGCCAGGCAGUGUUUUUAUUACUCUGCUGGCUGAAAUUUGCG